AAACUCUCUUGCUUUGCUUUUGGUUUUGAAUCAGCAGAAUAAAAGAAAGAAAAAAAGAAGAAGAAGAAGAAAAAAAGGGUUAACCAGCAAAGGGAAGCCAUGGAGAGCGAGCCAGCCUGCAAGAGUCUGUUUCUUCCCACGUGCUGAGCCUUGAGCAACCCGACGCCCGGUGAGCGAGCGCGGCUUUUCAAACCGAGGCAACCGACCAGCUUUCUUCUGCCACGUUUCAAAGAACGAGGAGGAGGAGGAAGAGGGGGAAAAAAAAUAGACCAUAAAAACUUCAGAAAGAAGCAGACCAGGCUGAACCCAGGCGGCUUGCUGAGAAGUAAUCUGGUUACUCCAGCUGUGAUGUCCAGAAUUUCUUCUCUUCUGAUGCAUCUAAGGCUAAAACAUUCAAUGUUGCGUAGGUGGUUUCUGGUUUUACCUCAAUGGAAGGCGAGACACAAUCAGUUGUGCUUCAAGACCUGGAAAUCAAGAUUCAUGUGCAAAGCUGAUGGCAAGAAGUUAAUCUCUGCGAGACGCAAGAUUUGUCAUUCACAGUAUCGAAAGGCUAGGAAUCGAUAUCAAAUGAUGGGUAUGCUGGUCAUGAAACAGAUCUUAUUAAUGAUUGUCCUGGGUGCUGGAGUGAUGUAUGCUGUAUUACAUAGCAACGUGUGGAAGACCAACGGCUUGGGAUUGUCCUCUUUCAACAGAAAACAUUGCAAUUUCAAAAUCAAUGUUUCCAGUUUCAUAAAGAUGGAUAAUUUCUGUCCUUUCUUGUGCGAAAGUAAUUUUUAUGAUACAUCUGCAAGUCGUGGAAGUAAUAAGUUUGAACUACCUUAUGGAGUAAGGAAUUCAGAAAUCUAUUUUCAACUUGCACUUUCAAAACUUGAAAGCUGUGACCUGUUCCCGGAAGAUAACAGCCCACCCUGUAAAAAAUGUAUUGUGGUUGGCAAUGGAGGAAUCCUUCGAAACAAGAAGCUGGGUCAAAAAAUUGAUUCUUACGAUGUGGUAAUUAGAAUGAAUAAUGGGCCUGUUAAAGGCUAUGAAGAUGAUGUUGGAAGGAGGACGACAUUCCGACUUUUCUAUCCAGAGUCAAUUUUUUCAGAUCCACUUCACUAUGAUCCUAAAACCACUGCAGUCUUUAUUGUCUUCAAGCGUCAUGACUUAAAAUGGCUUUCAGACAUAUUAAGUGGCCAUAAUAUAAUGGCAACUGAUGUCUUCUGGAAGAAGCCAGCAACGAGGAUGAUUUAUAAGCCUAAACAAAUCAGAAUCCUUGAUCCAUUUAUUAUUCAAAGAACAGCAUAUGAAUUGCUUCAUUUCCCCAGAAAAUUCCCUAGACGAGGAAGACCAAAACAUCCUACAACAGGGUUAAUUGCCAUUGCCUUUGCCUUUGAUAUAUGUACUGAAGUUCAUGUGACAGGCUUCAAGUACAACCUGCAGGAUCAGGGCAGUUCUUUGCAUUAUUACGGUAAUGACACCAUGUCUUUGAUGAUUAAGAAUGAAUACCACGAUAUUGUUGCAGAGCAAAGACUUUUGAAGAACCUUAUAGAUCGCCAUAUUGUGAUCAAUCUCACAGAAGAACCAAAUUAAAGAGCAAUCACUUUUUUGUAAAACUGAAUGGGGGAAUUAUUUUUAUUUGAAUUAUUUUUUUAAUAAAGUAUUUAUAGAAAUUUUCCAUUUUUAAAAAAUAUAAAUAUAUCUCACAUAUCUUCUAAGAAUGUCUCUGCCUUACUGUUAGUGUUUUCCCAGAAAGUAACUUUCACAGUCAUUUACACAAACAUGUUAAUUUAGUAAUGGAAAAAUGUUGGCUAUAUUAAUUUAACAAGAAACUAUUAUUUCCUCUUAGUUUUCUGUUUACCAUUUUCCACAUGAUGUCACGUUGUACCUUCAUCUUGCAAUGCAGAUACAUAGAGGUCAAGAUAAAAUGUUAUUCAGGCAACAAUAUAUAAUGUCCCUUCUGUUGAAUUUCAAUCAUGAGUAAAAAAAAAAAAGUGAAGCGCUAAAAAAAUUAAUACACUUGCUCUCCAUGAUGGAGUGCUGGAAAUGCAUAUAAUUAGUUUCUAAAUCUUGUUUAAACUGCAUCGACUGCAAUCGAUGACUUUUUCAGUAAGGUGAUGUGUGCAUCAGUUAAAGCGACACAGUGAUAACUACUGAACAAUGUUAAAUAUAGUGCAAAAAAUGGCUUACGAGCAAAGCAGUUUUCAUUUUAAAUAAUGGAACAAUGAAAGUAAAGCAGUCACUCUGGUCUGAAUUUCCUGCAUGUUGCAAUUAUAAAAUUGUCUUGAAGUAAUUAAUAUGUAUUCAAGAUGUUGCAAUAGAUGCUUAAAUCAGGAGCAUCUGCAGGGAGAAUUUUUAAAAAGUCGUAAUGGUGACCAUGAUUAUAUGAUCAAUGUUCCACCAGCCUUUUUUUUAAUGUGCAGUGCAAUUAAGUGAAUGCAAACUAUUUUAUCCCUCCUCCCACUCUCCCCCAGUGAACAUCCCCACUUAAAAUACGACAUACCGUAGAACAGUGUUUCUCAACCUUGGAAGCUUGAAGAUGGGUGGGCUUCAACUCUCAGAAUCCCCCAGCCAGCGCUCAGAAUCCCCCAGCAGUGCUGGCUGGGGCAUUCUCAGAGUUGAAGCCCACCCAUCUUCAAGUUACAAAGUGCUGGCUGGGGGAUUCUGAGAGUUGAAGCCCACCCAUUUUCAAGCUACAAAGGUUGAGAACCACUGCUGUAGAAGGUUACUCUUGGGCCUUGUUCAGAAUGCUGUUAAAAUUGUUUAUCCCAAAUGUUUCAGGUUUUUUUUUUCUACUUUAAUUGUAUUUUCUGCUCUCAAUUUUUAUCUUUAACUUUAAGGUCAGCUCUGCAUUGUUGUCAAAGACACCAUAGAGUUAGUAAAAGUAGAAUCCCUACAGUAAUUUAGACACCUGCAUUUUUCAGAAACAAUUUUUGAAGGAACAGCUUAGCUAAGGAAUAACAAAUUCUUAUUUCACUUGUUCACCUUUUAGUAGCAAGUAUUCUGCUUUUAUAAUAUUUCCAUCAAAGCUAUUUGACAUUCUUUGGUUUACUAAUGCAGAUGUAUAAAGGGUCCAAAAUCUCUUUAAGUAACAGAUGAUAGUAUUCUUCUAGUAGAACAGUCUUCCUAAAUCAUUGAGUUUGUUUGGAUUUUAUUUUACCCUCUCUUCUCUAAAUCAAUAUUUGACUCUUUAGAAAACAUAUAAUUUCUUAACUUGUUAAUUUUGCUUAAUAUAGUGCUUUGAAAUUUCUGAGGGGGUUUGAGGUAGAUAGUGGGAUAUGCUCCAAAAGUUCUUAUAAACAUCAAUGAGCAGUUCCAGACAUUAUUUAUAGCCCUAAAUAUUGGAAAACUACUUAGCUGACACAUACAACAAUAUGUUUUUAUGUUUUACAGGCCAAUUCUUUUACUUCUAUUAAAAAUAAAUGAUUUUAAUAUUUUUGGUCCCAUAAUAUAGUAUGUAGUAUAUUCUAGUAUAGAAUAUCUAUGGUCUUAUGAUAUAAUAUAGACACAGGCAAACUUGAGCCAAUAUUAGAAGGCUCUUGGUCACUUCUCCAAAGUCCUUGAUCCUCUCCAACUAUUUUCCUAUCUGUUGUCCCAAUCAAAAAGAAAAUCUUAUUUUUAGUAGCACCAAAUUGGAGACAAUAGCUGUUCCUCUUCUUUUCAAGGCUUUCAAGUAACUUCUUUGUGGCAUAUUUUAAAAGGUCUUUGUUGUGUGGGGCUUGGGCAACAUUUUUGAAACCAAAUUGCUGCUGAGGAGGUAUUCAAAUCUCUUUUAGAAAAUUAGUAAUCAGGCUUAUUUUGAAAUACUGAUAGCAGUGGAGGUUUUUUUUGAAGCCUCUCUGCCAUGUAAGAAUAUGCAUGUUUGAAUGAAUACAUGAGAUAUGUUAAUGUGGGAAGAAAAGGAGGGGGAAACAUAAUAGAGGGAUGCAUAUUCACAUUGCAUUUCACUUUGCUGGCUGUUGAUGAAUAAGAUUUUCAGCUUGUUUGUCCAGGAUAAGUUAGGGCCAAAAUAGGUUCCUUAUGCUAAAUUAAGGAAUGCAUGGAAACUUACUCCAAAUAUAUCCUUAUUUUACACUGACUUGUGCCUGGCAUAGCCAUUACCACCUAUUAAAUGCAUUAAAAACAAAAAAAUAUUGUUCCUUAUAAAGAGGUACUUGGCACCUUUGUCAAAUCUACAAAUCAUCUAUAUAAUGAAUAGUUGCUAUCAUUAGAGAUGCUUAAAUAGACUGUGUCUUUCCAAAAGUUUCUUGUGCACUUGGCCUGCAAUGUUGAGGCCUAUUUGUAUUUUUAUUCUGUCUUGUAAAUUCCACAUGUAGAGCACUGUAGUCUCAGGAUUGAUGCAAAAUAAAGCUAAUGUUAAGAAAAGGACAUUUCAGAUGGUGUAUCAUGCACCACAAGCAAGACUUGCUGCAUUUCCCACUUCUACAUAUCCUUCGCAGGGUUAAUUCUGCCCACAUUCAGAUAUGGACAUGAGACAGUCUUCUUUUCUAGUGCCCCUUGGAUUCAGCUACAUUCCAUAUUUUGUAUGUUACGUGAACAGAUGUACUGCUAUUGUCUUGUUUAUCAUCUCAACAGUACUACACAAAAGAUUAACUUUUAUUAUUAUCUAGAUAUUUUCAGAUUAAAGAUUCUGACUUUGCCCAUUUAAAAUUGAACUAAGGAGAUAUAAGUCUCACUCUUUGAAAGUAGCUUCACUUUUUCUUAAUUUAUUUUAUAAUUUAAUAGAAUAUACAUGAGACUGGAAACAAAUUGUGGAAGAUAUAAACCCUUGAAUUUUUCACUGGGCUGAGUCUUUGUUGUUGUUGUUGUUGCUAACAUUGAAUUUUGAUUAUCCUCUGAAAUGUGAUGAUUUAAUUUGGAAAUUAAAGUAGUAUUAUUACUUCUGUUGCAUUAAGUAUCUGCUGUUUGUAUUCCCCAAAGCCUUCAAGUUUCUUAACAGUUAAGCAACCAUUUCUACUUUCUGAAAAUGUUUUGGGAGUAACAUUUGUGCUGUUAAGUGGCUAUUCAACUUUGUUUUUUUUUUUAUGUCCAAAGGCAAAUUUUAAACCUGUUGUAAUUAUUUGUGUAAAAUAUUAGAUGUUAAAGAGAAUUAUUUUUGUUAUAAUAAAUAUGUAAAUAAAUGCUUGUGUUUAUUGCUUUUUGAAA